AGUGAGACGCGGUCCGGUCUGGAUGGAUGACCCCCCCUCCUCCCGCCGAGCUCCUGCUUCCGAUGGACACAGUUGGUUGAUCUGAGAACGGGGUCAUAUCGUAUUGUGCGAGACACAGCAAACAUGUCCCUCUCGACGGUACUAGCCAAGGCGCUGUUUGACAACACGGCGGAGAGCCCGGAGGAGCUGGCCUUCCGGAAGGGCGACAUCCUCAUGGUCUUAGAAAAGGAGCAGAGCGGCAGUCCGGGCUGGUGGCUGUGCUCCCUGCAUGGCAGACAGGGCAUUGCCCCCGCCAAUCGCCUCCGCCUUCUUAACACCGCCCCUCCUCCAGGCCCUGAGCUCCGCCGGGGGCCCAGCGAGGACUCGGUCUACUUGUCCCCUGGAUCUCCACUGGCCCGCACAGCAGUCAGCACCAGCGCAGAGGAAAUAGACGGAGUGUACCGCUCCCCGGGCGGCACAGCAGAAGGGCUCUACCAGAGUCCGGGGCCAGCACCGAGGCCCGGGGAGCUCCGUAGAGGAGAGGCUGGCCGGCCGCGCUCCCACUCCAGCUCUGGCACCCGGCCUCGACCCGACUGGGACGUAGGAGCGACAGGACGCCCACGCUCCCCCUCGCUCAGAGGACGAGGCUCGGACACAGGGACCCUCUAUCAGACUCCCACAACUCCCAUGCCUUCAGUUGGCCAGCACCCCAGGCAGCCAGGAGCUCUUUUGGCCACAGAUACUGUGUACCUAGCCCCCAGCGGAGUGCCCCGGGCCGCUGAGGACCCAGAAGAUACCACCUACCUUAUCCCCCGUGAAACCGUGGUGGCCGGAAUUUCAGACAACUGUUACCUGGUUCCCAGGGGCACACCGCUGGCCGGUGAGGAUGUUUAUCAAACCCCGACAGGAGGAGUCGUUGCUGCCCAGGUGGUCUCUAUCUGCUCCAGCGGGCCCUCCGUGGUCAACGGGACCCCUCUAACUCCCAAGCCUAAACCAGGCCAGGAGAUGCCAGGAGUUUAUCAGACCCCGACAUCUGUGGCAACCAACCUACACAGGACUCAAGUCACGACAUCGCCUUUGCUGGCACACCAACAGCCAUCGUCCCCUGCCCAGGCAUCCCCCAGGCCUCAGCUCAAAGGUGUUCCCCCAAACGUGGCUAUUGCGCGGGGCAAGCCCGGCCCAGCAUGUCACCGUGGGUCGCCAUUGUUGGUCAGAGCAGGGCAAGUUAGGCUUCCGGGGUCCCCGAACUUUGCCCGCAAACCCCCUCCACCAGCACCUCCAGUAAGAGGCGUCACAAGGAAAGACGGACCGCAGACGGCCUCAACUCAGCCGACGGCCACAAACCUGCCACAGGAGACGGGCAGGCAGCGGGAAGCUCCUCAGGCGAAAAAGGAGCAGGUGACCGACAGCGUGGAUGCAAAGAACGACGUGUCGAACAAAAAGGGAGAAAACCCAGAUUAUGAGGAUCCUGUGGACGAACAGGUGUACGACACCCCUCCUAGUGGCAGGUGGCAGCGCCCAGCCACAUCUGCCCCUGGCGAAGACGACAGCAUCUAUGACACCCCCCGCACCGUCCCUCCGCAGGCUGACCCCGAAUCGGAGGUGUAUGAUGUCCCAACCAUCACUCUCAACAUGUCGACAUCAGAUCUUAAUCACAAUGGCUCGGUGUCCGCGGCCGAUGAAGCCGAUGAUGACGUCUACAGUGUACCUACUCUCCCUGGCUUGCCGCUUGGCCCAGGGGAGUCCAUGACCAGCCUCCUUGGGGAUGAUGGCACCAAGGUGGGCCAGGUCUAUUCUGUCCCCGGCCCAGAGAAACCAGCCGGCAGUGUGGACCACCGAGGAGAAUGCUGUGAGCCUGACUUUGGUGUCUACGACAUGCCUGCUCUCACCGCUGACGUCCUGCCUCACUCCUCCUCAUCUUCUUCCACCUCCACUCGUCGCCUGUCUGUCUCCAGUAACGGCUCCGGAGAUGUCCAAUGGAGAGCCUCACUGUCCGGCCUCGUCCAAUCAGUGCUAAGCAUGGCCUCCUGCUCCGCCUCUGCAUUGUCGUCACGGGAUCUGGCCACCUCGUUGGCUGAAAUUCUGUCUGUUUGGAAAGCCAGCCAUUCCGGUGAUCCUCCUCCACCUCUUCAGCAGGCCUGGGCUCACCUCUCAGACCUACUUCCAGCAUUGUCAGCAAUUGGCAAUGCCCCACCCACUGACGGCCUCCUGUCAUUGGUCCAGCGGGCGCUAGAGGAAAGCACCCUCCUCUUGCAGGCCCAGGGGCGUCCUCGCCUACCUUCCCAGGAGUCCCUGUCCCGCAGACCUCUCCCGGCACUCCCGGUGACUGAUGGAAAGGCACCCGCUGGUGGAAUGGGUUCACGCAAAGGCAGCUGGAUCCAAGAGAGGCCCUUGCCCCCUACCCCCCAGCCGACAUUUCCCUUAGUCCCCGCCGCUUCCUCUGUGACCAUCACCGUGGGCCCCAGUGAGGGAGAAGAUGACCCCAGUAAUGAGUACGCAGGUAUUGGCCUGACCCCAACCCCAGCUCCUCUACCUGCAGGAGACAGCGUCGGCUAUGUCAAGCUGCAGGGCAAACCAGAGCCUCCAUCUGAGGCGCCGGUGGAGAACGGACAAACCCUAACAAUCACCGCGGAGCCACGGCUAACCCCUUCGCCUCCCCUGCCGGUCUCCCUCUCCCUGGAGGACUCGGAGCUGCUGUCCUUCUACUCCUCUCAGAGCCUGGCCCACCUCUCCUGCCUGGCGGACUCCAUCGACGUGCUCUUCAGCAGCGUGCAGGGGAACCAGCCGCCCCGCGUCUUUGUCGCCAGGGGGAAGAGUCUCAUCGUGACCGCCCACAAACUGGUGUUUAUUGGGGACACGCUCUCCCGCCUCCUGACCUCUCCCGACCUCCGGGCCAAGGUCACAACCUCCGGGGGGCGACUGUGCCAGGCCUUGAAGGCGGUUGUCGUGGCGACGAAGGGGGCCGCACAGAACUACCCGUCAGUCUCAGCCACCCAGGAAAUGGUGGACCGCGUGGCUGAGCUCUCCCAGCAGGCCGCUGGGUUCUCCGGUCUGCUUCAGCGGCUGGCAGAAAUAUCUUGAUAUUUAAAACCACUCUCGUGAAACUUUGUCCCCACUACACGUGCUUUCCCUCUCCCUUGAAAUGCCUUAUUUGUUGUCACGCCACUUCGUAACCUUUCAGAUCAGUGGGAUUCAAUACGAGCCAAGUGAAACUCGCCGAGGAAGCCCUUAGCUGAGCUGACGUUUGACAUCAAGUUGGAGUUUGGGUGUUAUAAUUCUGCCGUCUCUUUAGUGUCGGUUUUGCUUUUUUGUUUUUGUACUGAGCGCUGUGCUGUGGCGCGAAGCACAUCUGUCGUUUUACGUGUUAAUAACUUAUUGAUGAUGUUGGAAAUAGCCUGUCCAUGUUGGGCCACUUAUUUUGGGAGCCUUGCUUUGUUAUCUUUUGCCAUAUUCUUUCCUCGUAUGAUAGCCAUUUUUCCUUCCUGUCUCUAUUUAUUCAACCCCCCUGUCCCUCAUCAGAAAUAGCAUAAAAGCAGGCGGUACAUCCUGGUAUCGGCCCGCUUGUUGCUGGGAUUUCUAAAAGGAGUGCUUUGAUGUGCCGGUCAAUCUGAAGUCAUUGUUGGUGCAGUGUACUGGGCUUUAUAUUGAAGAAACAGAAUAUGUGGAGCGGGAUGUUUGCCCAGUUUCCACCUUUUUAGAUUCUCCAGGGGUCGUUUUGGUGUUAUGAUGUACCGUUCCUCUCUCUUGGCAAGCGAACUGUCCGUUCUCUUAUUCCACAGCCACCCAAGUGAUAAUGGCUUCAAGCAUCUCCGUUCCCCCUGCCGUUCAGCUUUCAGACUUACACAUGUGGAAAACACUAUGAAGGGGGAGGCGUGCCUCUGAGAAGAGAUGCAUAAUGAAGCGAGAAAGGGUUUGAUCCUGUUCUUUCCCACGGUCGUGUGGCGACAGUGGAGUAGAAACCUGUCCGCCAGGUUUACUUGUCUUCACCUGUUGUUGUGGUUUACAUGCCCACAUUUCCCUCCUCUGCUUUCUCCACUCCCUUUUCCGUAAAAGACACUAAAGCGUUUAGCCUUCACACACUCCCUUUUUUUGGGGGGGGGGGUUUACUCCCCCUUUUUCCCCCCAAUUGUAUCUGGUCAAUUACCCCACUCUUCCGAGUCAUCCUGGUUGCUGCUCCACCCCCUCUGCCGAUCCGGGGAGGGCUGCAGACUACCACAUGCCUCCUCCCAUACAUGUGGAGUCGCCAGCCGCUUCUUUUCACCUGACAGUAAGGAGUUUUGCUAGGGGGACAGAGCACAUGGGAGGAUCACGCUAUUCCCCCCCAGUCCCCCCCCCAACAAGACGCCCCGACCGACCAGAUGAGGCGCUAGUGGACUGGCCAGGACACAUACCCAAAUCCGGCUUCUCACCCACAGACACGGCCAAUUGUGUCUGUAGGGACGCCUGACCAAGGCGGAGGUAACACGGGGAUUCGAACUGGCGAUCCCCGUGUUGGAAGGCAACGGAAUAGACCUCUACCCUACCCGGACACCCUGCCUUCACACACUCUGAUAGCUGUUCCGUGUUUCAGUUUUUCUACCCUAGCAGUGAAAGUUUGUGACCAAGGGCACAUGGUGGGAACAUGUAAAUGGUAUGCAGCCCGCGGCUGCCUUGAAACAUAUCGGAGGCAUUUUAUGCAGUGCUCUAAAAUACACCCAGACACAAACUAUUUUCUUCGCCAAGUCGGUCCAAUUUCAGUGGUGCCUGAAGUGUUACAUCACCCGCAUUAAGUUGAAAGUGUUCGUUUAUCUCCAGUACAUGUUUUCUACUCUUUUGCUCCAUGUUUCCUUUACAUUUAUCUCACUAGUCAUCAGACUUCAUAUGCACCAGUGCCAAAAAUAGUGCAGGACCAUGUUGAGUGGGCCAAAUGUUUGGAGCAUUUAAAAUAGAAGUAGAGCAGAUGUUGUCAGUCCCGGUGUCAUUCUAGAGGGACAGCUUAUCUGUGCCACAUACUUUUAUAUGCUAAAUGGCAGGCAACGUUUCAUGCCGCUGAACGUGGCCCAUAAAAGCCUACCAAGUUAAUUGUUUAGCCUGGGAGCGCCACCACGUGGAGAGUUACAGUAUUACGUCAUGCCUGCCUGCAAAAAUAGGCAUAAGAUAUCGAAUUAAGCCUCAUUCACAAGUAACCAUUAUAUAUUCAUCCUCAGAUUUCUUUGCUUUCCGAUUUGCAUGGCUUUAAUUUGCUCUAAUUACAUAUAUGCACAUAUUUAACCAGGGACAAUUUCACUCAGUGAAUCAAAUCAAACAGUUGUGUUUCUGGGAAAAGUUGUUUGCAGUUUGAUUAAGCUAUGGUUGUGAGUUUCUUUUUUCUUUUUUACAAGAAUGUUUUUUACACUACGUAAACACAUUUGAAUCUGUUAGCCCUGUUGGGUGAGUUCGGGUGUUGAGCUUUAACUUUUCUCCUCCAACAUCUUCGCCCUUGUGUUUCGUAAAUUAUGGAAGUUGAACACUACAUUUGAUGUCUGUAUUUCCCUUGAUACAUAAAUACAU